AGUUUCUGUUUUAUUGAAGGUAAGACUAUAGAAGUCUAGAAACAGCAGUAUGGAUCCUCACACGACAGUAGAAUAAAGUAGUUCUUUCUAAUUUCUAUGCCCUAAUAGAAGGAUAGAAAGAAAGAUCUUGAUCAGAAUUUGAACAGCUUCCUUUCACCCCACUCGGCACGCCUCUUUUUGCUUUCUCUUAAGCAGUACAGGUUGGACAGCUGCAGCCAGCACCGCACUUGCAGUGGGCUUUGCCAACCCCAGUGCUCACACCAGCCUUCUGGCAGGUGCAUGGAUUGCAGCCGCAAUGCUCACCGCACGAGCACUUGUUGUGUCCGUCUCCGGCUGUCUUCGUCGUAUCGGCUGUUCUGCACCUGUUCAACCCAACCACCACAGGACAGGGCACAGGGCAGCCGCAGAUGGCAUUGCAACCACCGGUGACUCCUAUGGUAUCUGUCAUUUCUCCCCCUUUUUUUCUGGUUUUUCCUGUAGUGGUGUUCAAAGUGUUCGCUAUCUAGCCUUCUUGAUGUUAGUUCUGGCUUUGCUGCUGGACUGAUUUAGAAGGAUAGAAAUAGAGAGGGGGGAAGGUUACGUUGGAGGUGAAGUUAGGCUGGCACAGGUGUCGCUUGACACUUAAGUUUCAUGCAAAGGUGUCAUGAGCAGAGCCACAAGCGGACACCUGUGUUUAAACAAACACUUGGGAUGCCCACCUGGCAACCUCCAUGCCAACUUGGCUUUAGACCUUUUUUAGUACCAAGUUGCCAAGUCUGGAUUACGUCGACAAAGUAGUAGUAUCUGAUCUCUCAACAUUUCAUUUUACCUUGGCUUGUUUUGAUUCGUCUUCUUCGUUGGUUGCACACCUAGCUAGCUUGCUGGUCGGGCCUUCCCGCUCGUUCCAAAGGAAGGAAAGGAAAUGCAGUAGGAACAACAAACAAGUAAUAAUCAAGGAAUCAACAGCAGCAGCUCCUCCCAAGAAACACAAAAGCUGCGACAUUUCUUCAAUAUAGUUUGUGGAUUGAUCAAGGCACUGGCAAAAAACAAAAUUAUUCAGCACCCUUUUUCUCACUAUUACACACACAUUUCUGUCUCUCCAUGGCCAAACAAAAAAAAGAUAACAAGAGAAUGUCUCUCCCCAACUAACAGAUACUAUUACACACUUUGUCCUGAUGAUCUAUACUAAACGUAGAACACAUCAUCUUCCACAUAAAUCUCAAACGAUCGAUCAACUCCACGAUAUCUUACACACACAUGAAAGGAGUUGAUCAUUUAAACCUUAACAGAGAAAAUCUCAAUGAGAGAGUACCAGGUCCCUGUAACACAAAGAACAACACCAACGGUGACAAUCCCAACAUCGAUCGUCCAGCCUUUCCACCCCAUCUCUUCCUUGAACACAAGCAAGUGAAACAGCGCCGGAAGGGCGAACCCCAAUAGACAGCACACACUGCUCCCCACGAGCGACAGGAAAUCGGUGAAAUUCGGGAUCAACAGUGCAACCAAGCUGACAAUGAACACCAGCAGCCACCUCAACCACAGGCAAUACCUCCCUUGCCAAAACCUUCGCUCCACAAUCUCGUAUACUGGGUUCAUCAUCAGCGGGAAUGUGAAGAACAGGUUUAUGCACAGGCCGAGCUGGACCAUGGUGCUGAUCAGCCCCACCCCGAGGUUUGCAGUGAUGAUGUCCUUAGUGUCGUUGCCAAAAGCAAGGUACCCUAGAGCACCAAAUGCUCCAUAGAUGACUGAGAUGACUCCCAUGGCGAACCCCAGGUUUCUUCCAAACUUGUCUUUGUCCUUGGCUUCCGACUCGAGGGGCAAAACCAUGCCGAUCCCUUCGAAUGCGUAGACAGCCACACCCAUCCCGUAAAAGAAGACGGAUAGACCGCCGAAAGCUUUAACCUCGGGGAUGUUCUUCGCCAUAAUCAUUACAUCUUUCACGAUCACGACUCCCAUGGCAGCUAGGUCUACGAUGUCGGCGAAUAUGCUUAAAGGGGCUAGAUGGGUGAGGGUUGCGAUGGAAUUGAGCCCCAAUUGGAAAGGGAAGCAGGCCCAUACGAACAAGGAUUUUGCCGAAAACCCUAGGAAUUGGGCGGAUAAGACGGCGUUGGAAGAGGGCGUGGCAGCGGCGGCGGAGGAGUAGGAAUCGCACAGGUUAUCUAGCGUGUUGCCGAUGAAGAUCACGUAACCCACGCAGAAUCCAGCUUGAGACAAGACAAUCAUGAUGUCAACAACCAACCUGCCGACGGGACCGCAGACGGCGAACCCCAGGUCGCCGAAGGAGUUGAUGAUUGAGAAGUCGCCGGCGAAGGAGCGGAGCUUGCGGCGGGUGUGGACGAGGAGGAGCAUACAGUAAUAGGUGAGGGCGGCGGCGGAGAAGAGCAUGAGGAGGCUCAUGAUCCAUCCGGUGCGCUUGAAGGAGUAAGGGAGACCCAGCACGCCGGCGCCGACGAUUGCGAUGAAGAGAUUGGCGAUGGUCUUCGAUUGGGAAGACAGGUGCUUUUGUUCGUGUCCGAUGAGAGGGGUUUUCUCCGUCGGUCUCAGGGCGUUGGAGGACCCCGACGCUCUGCUCUGCCUCUCGAACCCCAUGAUUAUGGAUCGGGCCGGGCAAAGGCAAGUUGCUUGCUUUCCUGCUCGGAAUCAAAAUUUGACCUGUAAACACCAAAAAAAAAAAAAAACAGAAACUGGGUCUUGGGUUUGCAGAGCAGAAGAUGAAGAAGAUGAUGAAAAGGGAAUGAAUUGAUGAAAGUGAAAGGGUCAAAAAGGAUGGGCUUCCCUCCCGGAGUUGUAUGGAUGGAGGAGAAAUGGGGAAACGGGAUUCAGAAGGGAAGGAAGAGAGAGACUUGCUUCUCCUUUCUAUAUCCUCCUCUCUAUCUAUGAUUAGAUGGAAAAGAAGAAAAAAACUACUCUCUUUUGUUGGAAAAGUCAGGGGGAGGAUUGAGGUGGAAGGAGAAACAGAAACUGAAAUUCGCGAGAGGGAAGGAAGAAUUUGGUCAGUUUUGUGUAUGCAAGUCUGCGUCGCGGUGGACUCUGGAAAAUCCCAUCCCGCCAUUGCUGCUUCAGAUUAGCAGAUUGAGCUGGUGGAUGGGAAGGUUCGGGCUCGUGAAUCUGUGAUCUUCAAUCGCGCCAGAUUCAUAAAGAUUUUGCGACGGAUUGAACGAGGCUGGCGCUUGGGGAUUCCAGGAGGCUGUUUGGGAAACUGGGGAAGGAAGAAAUGUCGAGAAUGUCUUUCGAUUUCCGAUAUCUUCUUCUACCUGCUGCCGUCUUGUUCAUCUACAUCCAGGUCUUCUCCCUUUACUCCCUUCACUUCCAACCGUUUCUGGUGAACUGUGGAUUCCAGAUUACGAGGGAUCAGUUUGUUCCUUCUUUCUGAGUGAACAUUUCCGUUAACUUGUUAAAGGGUUCGGAUUCGUAUCAUUUUUAAGAAUGAUGGUGUACAUAUUCCUUUUGGCCUGUGGUUUAUUUAUGACAGAUGAGACUUUUUACCACCCAGUCCGAAUAUGCCGAUCGCCUUGCUUCUGCUGUUGAAUCGGAGAGCCAUUGCACAAGUCAAAUGAAAUUAUUGAUUGAUCAGAUAAGCUCUCAGCAGGGCAAAAUUGUGGCCCUUGAAGAGGAAAGGAAGCGUCGGGAAGAUGAAUGUAAAGAACUGAAGUCCCUUGUCGAAGAUCUUCGAAGGAAAGGCCUGCAAAAAGUGGUUACUGAAGUACAGCCACCCGUCGCAGCAGUUGUCAUUAUGGCUUGCAACCGUGCUGAUUAUCUGGAACGGACGGUUGAGUCUGUUUUGAAGCAUCAGAGCUCUGUUGCUUCGAAGUUUCCACUCUUUGUAUCACAGGAUGGAUCACAUCCAGAUGUCAAAAGCAAGGCUUUGAGUUACAGUCAGCUGGUUUAUAUGCAGCACUUGGACUCUGAACCUGUUCACACAGAAAGACCUGGUGAAUUAAUAGCAUACUAUAAAAUUGCAAGGCAUUAUAAGUGGGCAUUGGAUCAAUUGUUCUACCAGCAUAAUUUCAACCAAGUAAUCAUUCUAGAAGAUGACAUGGAAAUAGCACCUGAUUUUUUUGAGUAUUUUGAGGCUGCUGCGGCGUUAUUGGAAAAGGACAAGUCUAUCAUGGCUGUUUCCUCGUGGAAUGACAAUGGUCAGAAGCAGUUUGUGCAUGACCCAUAUGCACUAUACCGUUCAGAUUUCUUCCCUGGACUGGGUUGGAUGCUGUCCAAGGGGACUUGGGAUGAACUCUCCCCUAAAUGGCCAAAAGCAUAUCCGGAUGACUGGUUGAGAUUAGAAGAGAACCACAAGGGUCGCCAAUUUGUUCGUCCGGAAGUGUGCAGAACAUAUAACUUCGGUGAAGUUGGUUCUAGUUUGGGACAGUUCUUCAAGCAAUAUCUUGAGCCCAUUAAGCUAAAUGAUGUCAAGCUAAUUUCAGCUAAUAAGUCCGGUAAUUCUUUUCCACAGGACAAAUAUCCAAAACAUUUUGCUGAAAUAGUGAGGAAGGCCAAACUUGUCCGUGGAAAGGAUGCUGUUCUGAAGGCAUUUAACAUAGUGGGUGAUGUGCGCAUCCAGUACCAGGACGAGGAUGAAUUUGCAAACAUUGCACGCCAAUUUGGGAUUUUUGAAGAGUGGAAGGAUGGAGUACCAAGGACAGCAUACAAGGGAGUAGUGGUUUUCCGGCAUCAAACAUCAAGGAGAGUAUUCCUUGUUAGUCCUGAUUCUUUGAGGCAACUAGAAAUUCUAGAUGCUUGAUGGUACGACCCGAAUUGGUUAAGCUAAACGACCAUGUACGAACUGAUUGAAAGAUGGCUGCCUUCACAUCAGCGGGGAUACACGGUUUAGUGGGUUCGGGACAAGGAAGCCAAGGGAAAGACCGUCACACUGACUGAUAUAGUAAGGGGGUAGAAAGAAGCGACGAGACAUUGGGAGCUGCAGCACAUACACAGUCGUAACUUACAGAGGAAGUAAUUGGUUGGCAGGCCGCCUUGCAGACCGGGUGGCUUUGGUUAGUUGCGUAGAUAGCAUGAAUACGAGACGAGGUAGAAUGAGGUUCUCAAUUCUGUAUGCCUGAGCUAGAGGAACUAUUUUGUUUCAUUUUUGUUCUUAUUGCCUCUUCUUCCCGAGUUGAAUUGAAUCAUCCAGCAUCCAUCAACAUAUUGAAUGUUCAACUGAGCGAAAACAAGCUCCGGACACAGGUGGUUGAGACUUGAGAUGCAAAUGAUGCUGAUUUGGAUGUUGAAGUGGAUGUCAAGUUUUCACAAAUCAGUCAAAUUGUAGGACAAACAAUUAUAUAGUCAAACCUUUUGAAAUACAAUUUACUAGCUAUUUUUUUUUUUGUUAAAACUGAUGUCAAAGUUAACAGAGUCAUACGUAGGUUCAGGU